AUGAAGCUGACUUGUGUGUUCCUUAUCUUUUUGUGUUUUGAGAGGUGGCUUGGGCCAUGUGUGGGUGCCAUCGACAGUGACGGUGGGUGUAUGGUUUUGGUCAAGGUGGCUUCGUUCCGUGGUAUUCAAAAUGGAGAUGCCUGAUACAGUGAGGAGGUUUGAGAUGAAAAAUUCGUCUGCAUCAUGGUGUUUUGAGGGGUAUGUUUUGUUGGCAUUCUUGUUUUGGAUUCUUGAAGUUCAUUUUACUCAGCUUUUAAUCGACUUUUUCCACUUUUAUCAAAACAACCCACUUUUGGAGUCCUUAUCCAUCUCCGACGAAUAGGAUAAUUUUCCCUUCUUCAAAAUCUAUAUAAAACCAACUACUAAUAUUCCCUAGUUCCAAUAAUUUCAUCUUUCGCGCAAGCCCUUGCGUCAUGGUUUUUAGACUUAAAAGAGUUACAUUUCAAACAUCUGCCCUACUAUCAUUUGACUAGCAACCUUUUGGUCUCUUUCCGCAACCAUUCUCUUGUCGGGACUCGGAGAUAAAUACGGGAAACAGAAAGCCCAGACAGCACCACGUUUGGCAAAGAGUGCGUAGUGGUGGGAAGAAUGAGUACGGUGAAGAGAAUGAAGAUGGGCACACAGGGUCUGGUGGUUUCGGCACAGGGACUAGGAUGCCUGGGCAUGUCCGCCUUCUAUGGCCCUCCAAAGCCAGACGAGGACAUGAUCCCCGUCAUCCACCAUGCCAUCAACCGUGGCAUCACCUUCCUCGACACCUCCGACGUGUACGGCCCCUUCAUCAAUGAAAUCCUUCUCGGCAAGGCUCUGAAGGGAGGAAUGCAGGAGAGAGUUGAGCUGGCUACGAAAUUCGGGGUCAUAAUCAAGGACGGAAAGUUUGAGGUGCGUGGGGACCCGGCGUAUGUGAGGGCGGCGUGCGAGGGGAGCUUGAAGAGGCUGGAGGUUGACUGUAUUGAUCUCUAUUACCAGCAUCGCAUCGACACUCGGCUGCCCAUUGAAGUCACGAUGGGAGAACUGAAGAAACUAGUUGAAGAGGGUAAGAUAAAGUACAUAGGUCUGUCUGAGGCCUCUGCUUCAACAAUCAGAAGAGCUCACGCUGUUCAUCCCAUAACAGCUGUGCAGUUGGAGUGGUCCUUGUGGGCACGAGAUGCAGAGGAAGACAUAAUUCCUACUUGCAGAGAACUCGGCAUUGGGAUUGUUGCAUAUAGUCCUCUAGGGCGUGGAUUCCUUUCUUUAGGGGCCAAGGUGGCCGAGAACCUGUCAAAUGAUGACUACAGGAAGACUCUACCACGAUUCCAACCCGAGAAUAUUGAGCAUAACAACAUCCUUUUUGAGCGGGUUAAGGAAAUUGCAACAAGGAAGGGAUGCACUACAUCACAGCUAGCUCUGGCCUGGGUCCAUCACCAGGGGGAUGACGUGUGUCCCAUACCAGGAACUACCAAGAUUGGGAACCUGGACCAGAACAUUGGGGCCUUGUCACUCACACUAACACCAGAGGAAAUGGCUGAACUGGAAUCCAUUGCUUCAGCAGUUGCCAUUAAGAGUGACAGAUUCCAGGGUACCUCACUUACCUGGAAGGCCUCAGAUACUCCACUCCUUGCUUCCUGGAAAGCUUGAAGGACAUUAAUAUAUAAUGACUGGUUGAUUGUGCUUGUGUUUAUUUGGACUGUUCAAAAGCUAUGCCGAGUUCCUAAACCUUGCUGCAUCAGAGAGUGUAUUUCUGAUAAAGGCAGUGUAUUUUUCUGAUUUCCAGAAGACCAGAAUGGUAAAGUUUUAAGCUUAGGAGAUGUUUGAAAGCCAUUUGAAUCUUUAAAAGAUUUGCCAUAAUCUUGUAUUACUGCAGAAAUCUUGUAAGCUGAUACUAGAAGUGGUUGUUCUAUA